GGGCUGCCGAAAGAGUUAAAUCAAACAGCUCAGCCAUCGCAACAACAAACCAAGACUCAAGGUUGUAGCYUCAAUCAAUACGAUGAGUAUAAAAGACAUCGAAAAAAGUUCGGCUUUUACGAUUCCAACAGCUACAACUAUACGCUUUUCACAAAUGAGCGAAGAGGAAAAURCAGAGGGUUCCAGAAUGACUAAUAAAUACCCUCUUUUGGCACCUGUUUUAACCCAAACCAGAAGACGGAGGGCGGUUAGCACUGUCAAACAAAAAGAACCUGCCGUAGUCGCUCGUCGAAAUGCCCGAGAACGAAAGAGAGUAAAGCUUGUUAAUGACGGAUUCGUACGGCUACGAAAACAUGUGCCUACAGACCCAAAGAAUAAAAAAUUAUCGAAAGUUAAAACGCUGCGAAGCGCCAUCGAAUAUAUCCGUCAUCUUCAACAUCUGCUUAGUCAAGCGAAUAAACACCAGAUAUGUACUGAAUCCGACCUGGAUACAGCUGCUGGAAGCUCAUCGAUUGAGUGGAUCGCCACCGACCUCAAACGWGAAGGCGAAUUCAAAGACGAAUAUUCGAAGACGAAUAUUUUUUCAUACAGCACACAACAGCGACCGAGAAGUGCGGACUCAUCGAGCGCUUACUAAAAUUCAGCAAUGAAACUAGCUUUUAAAUUUAGACGAAGUUUCAAACCAUUAUUGGCGAAUACAGAGAAAGGCAGAGAGCCGAAAACUGUCAAGUUCUCAAGUAAAACACCAUGAGUCGCCCAGACGUAAAAUCGACGAUUGGCAUUGAAAACAAAGGGCGAGAGAAUAUGAGAAGAAAUACGCCCAAUAUGAUGAAAAUUUCUCAAUAUUCAACGUCUAUGAAUCUUUUGACUAAAACAUAUAUUUGUACAAAAAUAUCCAAAUGAAAAUGCCAGCGACUUAUGGCUGGAGAAAUUAAUAAUAUAUAGAACAAAGACGAAAUAUAAUUUAUACAGAUAGUAGAAUAGCGGAGAUAUAGUUAUCAUUGAGUAAAUAUAAAAAAGAAUACCAAUAAACUGUAUAGAACCUUUGAACAACUGCGUCGAAAUUUGAACUCAUUAAAUUUGAACGAGGUU